AUGGCUGCACUAAGCCACUUCUCAAAUAACCUUGAAGAAGGAGAAGAAGAAGAAGAAGAGGAUGAAUACAUUGACAUGGAAGUGAGCUCACGUUCUAAGAACAUGGUCUCCAACCCCAUAAGCAGAGAGUUCGAGUUCCAAAUGUCUUCAGUUUCCAUUGAAAAAGAGCCCACAAAUUCCCCAGCUGAUGAGCUUUUUUACAAAGGGAAACUCCUUCCUCUUCACCUUCCUCCUCGCCUGCAAAUGGUGCAAAAAUUGCUGCAAAACAACAUUACCGAACCUCACAAGAACGACAUCUCACCUUCUUCCGAGUCUAGUGGAGAUCAGCUGGAGCAUUCAAAUGGCGGAAGUGGUGAAAACCCGAAGAAAUCAUGGACCAAAAAGCUUAAGCUGAUGAAGCAAUCCUCCAUCGGUUCAAAACUGAAGAAGGCUUCUAGGGUUUAUCUCAGAUAUUUGUUUGGUAAUUAUAAAUCAACAAAGAAAACUCCAUUAGAGCAAGACAUGAAUGGAAAUGGACAUAGAAGAUCGUUUUCAAUGGCCAGCAAACGCCAUUCAUCUGGAUCUUCAAAUGGACAACAGCAUUUGCUGGUUCUUAAACGAAGCAGCAGUGUAAACGCGGAGAUGGAGAGCCCCAUUCAAGGAGCCAUUGCACAUUGCAAGCAGUCUCAGCAGGCAUGGGUUAGGUCAAGAAGAACAGUUAGCGAAGUUGGGGUGUUCUCAUUUUCAGCUUCAGACAUGAAAUGCAGUUGGUGA